UUUCGCGCGAAAUUGACAGUAACCAAAAUAAACCUGGAUCGACUGAGAAGCCGCGGUUAGUCUCAUGCUGUCUUUAUACCAACGCUUAACUUGCUUUAAUGCACAUUACUAACAUUCGCUGACCCCUGUUACGUCCGUGGCCGACAUUUAAAAAAAAGAAGACAUUUAAUAAAGAAGCGUAUCAACACGACAAGACAGAUGUGAGACCCGCCACAGCCGAAAUGAAGCAGACGGAGCUUCCUGCCGUCUCUAGGUAACUAGGGCUCAAUAAGUGACACGGGACUUAACAUUGACCUCGAAGAAACAAGGACAAUGAGGAGGAGUCUUGCUCCUAGCCAGGUUGCUAAACGGAAGCAAACAGGAGAUUCCUGUGAAGAUGAUGACUGGACAUGUAGACCUAACAAAAGAAGAACAAGUGAUCAUGAAAAGAGAGAAAACCAUAUUUCUCCUUUAAGAAAACCACUGACUCAGCUGAACAACCGGCCCGCAUGUAUGGAUGGUGAAAAACAUGAGGCGUUCAUUCGAAGUAUCCUCUCCAAGCCGUUUAAAAUUCCUAUUCCAAAUUAUACAGGCACCCUGGGAAUCAGGGCACUCGGUCUAAAGCGUGCAGGAAUAAGGAAAGCGCUUCACGAUCCCUUUGCCGAGGAUGCUUUGGUUCUUUAUGAGCCCCCGACUCUGAGCGCUCACGACCUCAUCAAAGCUGACAAAGAAAAACUCCCAGUCCAUGUUGUUGUGGAUCCAGUUUUAGGAAAAGUGCUCAGACCCCAUCAGAGAGAGGGGGUGAAGUUCCUGUGGGAGUGCGUGACGGGCCGACGCAUCCCGGGAUCCUACGGUUGCAUCAUGGCUGACGAAAUGGGUCUGGGGAAGACCCUGCAGUGCAUCACGCUGCUGUGGACUUUACUACGUCAAAACCCGGAUGCAAAGCCGGAGAUAGACAAGGCCAUCGUGGUUUCACCCUCCAGUCUGGUUCGCAACUGGUACAAUGAAGUGGGAAAGUGGCUGGGGGGGCGCGUCACGCCCCUCGCCAUCGAUGGAGGUUCAAAGGACGAGAUCGACAAGCAACUAGUGAACUUUAUCUCUCAGCACGGCUUGAGAGCACCGACCCCAAUCCUGAUCAUCUCCUACGAGACAUUUCGACUGCACGCCGCGGUGCUACACAAGGGCAAAGUCGGGCUCAUCAUCUGUGACGAGGGCCAUCGACUGAAGAACUCUGACAACCAGACGUACCAGGCGCUGAACGCCAUGAGUGCCCAGAGGAGGGUGCUGAUAUCCGGCACUCCCAUCCAGAACGACCUGCUGGAGUACUUCAGCCUGGUCCACUUUGUUAACGCUGGGAUCCUCGGCACAGCCCAAGAGUUUAAAAAGCGAUUUGAGCUUCCCAUCCUGAAGGGUCGGGACGCAGACGCCAGUGACAAAGACAGACAGACAGGAGAAGAAAAACUCACAGAGCUCAUCAGAAUUGUCAACAGGUGUUUGAUAAGGAGAACGUCAGAUAUCCUGUCGAAGUACCUUCCUGUGAAAAUCGAGCAGGUUGUUUGUUGCCGGCUCACUCCUCUGCAGACAGAGCUCUAUAAGCGCUUCCUGCAACAGGCCAAACCCAUUCAGACGUUACAAGAGGGCAAAAUAAGCGUCUCCUCAUUGUCUUCUAUCACGUCUCUCAAGAAACUGUGCAAUCACCCAACUCUUAUUUAUGACAAGUGUGUGGAGGGCGAGGAAGGAUUCGAAGGCGCCCUGGACCUGUUUCCUCCUGGUUACAACACUAAAGCUGUGGAGCCUCAGCUCUCUGGGAAAAUGCUGGUCCUGGACUACAUUCUGGCCAUGACCAGGACCACGACGAGUGAUAAGGUGGUGCUGGUCUCCAACUACACUCAGACACUGGAUCUCUUUGAAAAGCUGUGCAGAUCGAGAAGAUACCUCUAUGUUCGUCUGGACGGCACAAUGUCCAUCAAGAAACGGGCCAAGAUUGUGGAAAAAUUCAAUAAUCCAUCCAACCCAGAGUUCAUCUUCAUGCUGAGCAGCAAAGCGGGCGGAUGUGGCCUGAACCUGAUCGGUGCUAAUCGCUUGGUGAUGUUCGAUCCCGACUGGAACCCGGCCAACGACGAGCAGGCGAUGGCUCGGGUGUGGAGAGACGGCCAGAAGAAGACCUGCUACAUCUACAGACUGCUCUCCACGGGAACGAUUGAGGAGAAGAUCCUGCAGAGACAGGCCCACAAGAAAGCCCUGAGUAGCUGUGUGGUGGACGAGGAGCAGGAUGUGGAGCGUCACUUCUCUCUGGGUGAACUCCGAGAACUGUUCGCACUCAACGAGGAGACCACGAGCGACACCCAUGACAAGUUUCGCUGUUGCCGCUGCGUUAAUGGCAGAGAGGUGCGUCCUCCUGCGGAUGACUCCGACUGCACCAGUGACCUCUCCCAGUGGCACCACUGCUACGACAAGAAGGGCCUCAGGGACCAAGUGUUGAAAUCCUCUUGGGACGCUGCUGUGUCCUUUGUCUUCCACCAGCGCUCUCACGAGGACCAGAAGGGUGGAGUGUAGCAGAGGGAACCCAAAAGACUUUAAUCUCACUGCUACGUUUGUUGAAUAUAAUGUAAUUGUUUGUUUUGUUAUUAUUUUUUUAUUAUUAUUAUAAAUGCUGAAAAAAAUAAAGAAUUAUCUCUUUGUCAUUUA